UGUACAUUAUUAAACAAAUGAAUGACUAGAUUCGUGCCGUGCUAGGCACCAACUUAGUUAUGCUGCUCACAACAUAAAUUGUGAGUAGAUACUCACACGGUGGAUCUAUUGUCCACGAGGGCGAGACUCAGAUGGCGCCGGUUUGGGUUGAGGAAGGUGAGUCGGUUUGGGUCGACUGGCCAAGCCCACGACUGGCCCACCACAAAUUCAAAAACCACAAAUUCUUUCCCCAGGUCAGUUUCUCCGCCAGAACCACUUUCCCCUCUCUUCCUCUUUUCCCCUCUCUCUCACUUUCCUCCUCUCACGAACACGACGAAGAAGCGGCGAUUUCACGGCGACCACCAGCGAAGCGGCGGCGACGGACCUGCGAAGCGGCGACGAGCGAAGCUGCGGCGAGGGUGCAGCGUAGCGGUGGUUGGUUUCGGCGGCGGCGACGAGGGUCCAGACUAAUCGGCAGCGACGAAGGCCGGGGUUUCGGCGGCGACGAAGGCCGGGGUUUCACGUCGACGAAGCUUGUGUUGACGGCGGCGACUUUGCAGACGAAUCGGCGGCGACGAAGGGCGGGGUUUCACGCCGACAAAGUAGCGGCGGUUGGUUUGACGGCGGUCGUUGAAGAAAGAACUACUUUGUGGACUAAGUUGUUUGAUAGGAUCUGCACAAGAAGUAGCUCGAGGUCAAAGCAAGGCGAGGGAUAAAACGAACGUGAAGAGACAGCAACGAAAUCCACCGCCGUCACCACCGCCACAGCCAGAGGAGGAUGAGGAAGAAGAAGAUGCUGAAGUCGCAGCGCAAGUACGUGCACAAGGAGUAAAGACCUUUAGAUAGG